AUGGAACCAAACCCUUAUGGAAAGAAGAAGACUCAAUCUUCUGAUCUAGCACCAUCAGCAGAACCAUGCCCGGCGGAUUCUCAAGCAAUGGGCAAAAAGAGAAGCUACAGUCAAACUAUUGCCGCUCUGGCAUCUGUUCCUGCGGACCAGUCCACGGCAGAUGCUGGAGUCGACAGCCUUACAGAAUCUGGGAAGAAGCGUAAAAAGAACCGACACUCCUCCUUCAUGUGGGAUAACGACCCACCCCACCGAGGCUGGAAACCAUCCUAUGUCGCCAUGACAAAGUGUGACUUCUGCUCCCUAUCAAGCAGAGGUGUUGUCCAUCAGUGUGACAGUUGCAAGUUCACUGUCUGUAAAGAUUGCCUCGACGCGGGGGAACUGGAUGGCAAUGAAGUCCACCACAUCGCACCCGGCACGGUCAACUGGGAGGUCCCCAAGAAGACUAAGGUUGCGGCCACUUCCUCGAGAUCCUUGCAGCCAAGGCCUCGUGGUAGAGGAGCCCGAGGCAGGGGAACUAACCGGCGUGGGGGACUCGCGAAAAGGGCCCCAUAUAAGAAUCCCGUCUUUAGUAUCCGUGACGAGGUAGGAGCAUUAGAAAUGCGAUCAUUCGAAGACACAGCGGCCGGACCAUGGGCAACUGCACGAAAGGAUCAUCAAGGAGAUGAUAACCAUACUGGCUCCGAGGCCACUUCUUUCCACCAGAUCGAACAACCACCCGGCGCUAACUUUCAGUUUCACUACCCAUAUCCUCCGCCUCCCCUUCCUAUUAUCGGAACUUCCCUCCGGCCGGAAGUUGGAGUUCAUGCUGCUAGCACCGCUUCACGAAAUCAGGAUGUGGCAGGCGACGCACCGGAUUUCAGGUUCGGUCCUGCAGAAAGCUCUCAUGCUCACGACGGAAACAAUCGGCACCAAGAUCGACUUGUUGGACUAGAGCCAACAGAUAGACCACAUGUGGGAAUGGGGGUUGAUGAGAAAACAGUAAGGCCAGUUCCCUAUCAGCAUGAGAAUGGUCGCGCUAAUGACAGUCAGACGGCUCCCCGAGCAUACAAUGAUCUGACGGCCUAUUCUCUUGCAAACCAGAGCAAUCCUUCCUUUGCAGAGUACCACCAGCCGAUUGAGGCCCCACGCAGCAAACCUGGUGUUCAGUUGCCCCCGAUCGAUGUGCUAUUCAGGACUAUCCCGCGUCAGUCCCAGCUGGCCUCCAAACCUGCUCCAAAGCCAUAUGUGGAACCCAUCCGACCUCGAAAACCCCGCGAGAGGCCACGCUCACCCCGCCCCUCGGCCUGGGGCGCCGAGUUCGUUUUCAGAGCCCUUGAGAUGAACAAAGCCUUCACAAGCUGGCCUCUUGAUGAGGAAGGGGACUUGCACCGGCAGACGCAGAGCGAGACGGCCGCCUUCCAGCUGAUCCUUGCGGCGACCUACCACGCAGCUGCCACCCUCAAGCUGCACCCGGCGAGGAAUGCGGCGAGAGAGUGGGUGUGUGAGCAAGAGAUGAAAAUCAAGGCCACAGGAGUGAACCCUUUUGCUUAA